ACCAUGCCAUCACGGCCACGCGCUCCAGGUUCCGCCGCCGAGAUGGGCGCCCAGGAAAUCCCUGCCCGGGGCGGCUCCCCUGCCCCUCCCGUCACCACCAAGCACGACGCGUCCGGCACUGGCGAAGCCCAAAGCGGCCCCGUCCGCUCCCCGGCCCCGGAAGGAAGCGACCGCCCGGUGGAGGAGGAGAACUCCCCCGCGGAAAUCCCUUGGUACGAUAAAAUUGAGAACAUAGAUGAGGACUACCGCCUGUACUUGAGUUGCAUACGCAUGGUGAAUGGCCACCAGAUGGUGGUCGUGCCGGAGGGCGGGCUGGACGCGAAGCUGGUUCCACGGAAGAAGGGUGGGGAGGAAGCGGCUUCCCGUGCUACUUCAGGGAAGAACGGCUGCGGCUUUGGGAAGAAGGAGGAAGGGAAGGGGAAGGUGGCGGCGAUCGCCACGGGUGGGCCUGCGCUGAAGUCUCCCGUGGGCGAUUCCGCUACGCAUCCGCAAAAGAUUCAGAAGGAGAGGAAGAAUGGAUGGAAAAAUGGUGCUAAGAAGAUGAAGGUGGCGGAGAAAGAAGAGAACCCGUCGGCAGAGCCGCAUCUGGAAACACUCAGCACUGCGUGGGGGAAGGGGAAUGUGGAGCCGAAGCUGCCUAUGGAAACACUGAAUACUGUGAAGAGGAAAAGGAAAUCAAGUGAUGUCCAAAAUGCGGAGUCUCGCACUGCUUCGAAAGGGAAGGACAAGGUACCGACGAUCAUCACGGGUGAGUCUGCGCCGAAGUCUCGUGUGCGCGAUUCCACUACACAUCCGCAACAGGGUCAGAAGGAGAAGAAUGGAGGCAAAAAUGGUGCUAAGAUGAUGAAGGUGGUGGAGGAAGCAGAAGGGAUUGCGUUGAAGGAGCUGCCUAUGGAAACACUGAAUAUUGUGAAGAGAAAAAGGAAAUCAAGUGAUGUACAAAAUGCCGAUUCCCACACUGCUUCAACUGACAACAGAAAGCCACAACUUCGGAGAUCUGCUCGACUUAUGCUCAGUCCGCCUGAAAAUGAUCAUAAGUAGGCUAUAGAGUAACGUCUCUUUUUGGAGA